ACAGUGCUGAACGCAAAAAUCAAUGUAUUGUGCUACCGAGUGGCCAAGUUCUGCGUCCAAUGUGCCUCAUGCGUGCCCAAUCAAGUCUCUGGAGCGCCGGCCUCACCAUGUCCUCGGCGGCCACCUCGUCCACCAGCGUCAAAUGCGACGGCGACGAGGCCACCAGCAACUGCUCGUCGCCAACGGGCAGGCCGGGCCAGAUGGUGCGCCAGGACACGGCCGGCAAGCUGCCGCCGCACCCGAACGCGGCCUUUUGGCAGAACCGGUCCGUUUCCCUGCUGGACAUGUACAUCGACAACUCGGAGCCCUCCGAGAACAUCGGCCAAAUCCAGUUCAGUCUAGAGUAUGACUACCAGAACAGCACAUUGGUGUUGCGUAUCAUUCAGGCGAAGGAGCUGCCGGCUAAGGACCUGUCAGGCACGUCCGACCCGUACGUCAAGGUCACCCUGCUGCCAGACAAGAAGCACAAGCUGCUGACCAAGAUUAAACGGAGAACGCUGCAUCCUCGCUGGAACGAGACCUUCUAUUUUGAGGGCUACCCGGUACACAAGCUGCAGUCGCGCGUGCUCCACCUGCACAUCUACGACUACGACAGGUUCUCGCGGGACGACUCGAUAGGCGAAAUACACCUCCCACUGGGUCAGGUGGAUUUCAACGAGAAGCCAACGUUUUGGAAGGCGUUGAAACCGCUGGACAAGAACAUCUGCGGCGACAUCCUGUGCUCUCUGUGCUACCACCCCAGCAACAGUCAACUGUCGCUGACCAUUCUCAAGUGCCGCAGUCUGAAAGCGAAGGACAUCAAUGGCAAAUCUGACCCAUACGUCAAAGUGUGGCUGAACUUCGGC